AUGCCGAACGUCGGCCGACCUAGCCCUAACUGUCAUUCUUGUCGUCGGAGGCGCAUUAAGUGUGACCUCAUUCGUCCAGAGUGUACGCAAUGCAUAAGACUAAAACAACCAUGUCCGGGCUAUCGAGAUGAGCUAGAAAUACGCUUUCGAAGAGAGGAUCCUUCCACGUUCCAGUCCUAUAAGGUCAAAGAGCGCCGAAGACCGAACAGCCAGAAAGACUCAAAUAAGGGGCGCAUUAUUACGAGGGAAAAACCCCCAAGCCACAAGUUAUUAUACGCCCCGGAACCAAGUCUAUUUCCCGGAAACGUGCAGGAAACCCAGUAUUUUCAGUUCUUUCGUACUGUCACAGCCUCUAAUCUGGCUGGGGUGUUUGAUUUUGGCUUUUGGACAUGUGAUACUUUGCAGGCCUCUCACCUGUACCCAGCCUUAUGGCAUGCUACUGCUGCGCUGGGCGCCGUCCAUGUUCAGCUCAAUAUUGAUGGCCCCUCACCACAUCGUUUGCCGACAGAAACUGGUUAUCACGAUUUAUUCGCGUUUAAGCAGUGCAGCAAGUCCAUUCAGAGCCUGACAAAACUCACUGCUCAGCGGGAGCUGAGUGAACAGGACAGGACAGUGAUUUUGACGACGUGUAUUUUGUUUAGUCACCUGUCUGCCUUACAAGGGUACCAAGAGCAAGCGUUUAUGCAUAUCCACAAUGGCUUAAAGCUUAUUCGUGAUUGGCGACUAGAGGAAAUGUAUUUACAGCGACGUGGCCAUCAUACGACAAGCAUGCUGAUCCUGAUUUUUAACCAACUAGACAGUCAAGGACGGUAUAUACGCCAGGGCCUGAAGAUCAACGCUACAUCUGAAAAACCUGACAAAUUGCCACCAACCAUACCCUUCUCUGUGGAAAGAUUUACUUCUUGUCUUCAGGCAUACGUUGAGCUGGAAAGGCUGAUCAACCGCUUUUCUCACCUCGGUCCAAUGACUGAAGAUGAAAGCGGCGAAGAUGCAGAGCAAACGAUUGUCCGAUGGAAACAAGUUUAUUCGCAAGCUUUGGCUGCAUGGGACACUCGGUUCAGUCACUUUCUAGCUACCACAUCGGAACAACUUUCAGAGAAGAUGAUUAUCUUACUUCGCAUCCGCUGCUUGUUCACCAGCACACUCUUUGAAGAUCCUAGAAAAGGCGAGCUCGGAUACGACGAGUUUGUCCCUCAGUUCGCAACAAUAGUAGAUCUUGUCGGACGGAUUCUUGAACCCAAGGGCGGCGCUGUUACCGUUCAGAAAGAAGAGGGAUCCGUUUCUCCACAAAACACAAUCCACCAACAUGCCGACAUUUCGCUCUCAGUCAUCAUUUCAGAACCGUUAAUAUUUACUGCAAUGCGUUGUCGCGAACCCAAUACUCGACACCGGGCUCUGGAUCUGUUGAAAAAGUACCCACGUCGUGAAGGCGUUGUCAACAGUAUACUGGCUACAAAGUUACUUGGAGCGUUCAUUUCCUUUGAAGAGAAGUCAUGUCCAAAGUAUACAAGUGACCCAGAUAGUGAUCGCAGCACAGCUUCUGUUACUUGUUCUACAGGACGCUGGAUAUGCAGUAAACAUCGUGUUGGGUUUCGAGAGUUUUUGCACAUGUCUAGUUUGGGGGAACAAAACAUGCAGAAGUGGAAGAAAUGA